UCAAACCAGUCCUUGUCAUUUAAAAUCUUAUUUCAAAUCGGCUUGUGCUUUUAAUGUUUGUUUAUUCUAAAAUUAAUAAAUGUGUCGAUUGUAGCUUUCUAACUACAUUCAAAAAUUAUGAUUUCGGGAACAGUACCUUUGGCUUUAUGUACAGUAGUUUUCAGAAGGAUGUUUGAUACAGCAACAGGACGGAUUCCUCCUUUACCAGUCAGCAGCGCUGUGAGUCUUCCUGCAAUGUGUAUGUAUUCAGGAGCAGUGUCAACAAUUUUAUUGUGUCUAUAUAAGCACCUUAAAAGAGGUACCUUGGUGAAUGUAGGCUGCAGUAGACAAAAAUGUUGCUCCUCUACCAAAAAUAUUACUCACCGCACCAAAAGUAGUAGAUCAUGGUUUUUGAAAAAUUUGUGGGGGAAACGUAAGAACUGUACAGAUGCAAUACGUAGCGUUGCUAAACAAUUUUCCACGUCAGUUACCAAUUUGAAACCUUGUCUAUUGUUACCCAAAGAAAAUUUUCAAGUGAUAUUUCCAAACGAGUCUUCCACAAGAGGAACUACAACACGGGACUCUCGUGAAUCAUCUUGUGAAAUCAUUUGCGACAGGAGAGAAUACGAAACCAGAUUUUCCAUCAAGAAAUUAGAUGAUUUGAACGACUCAAAAAAAUCACUGUUUGAGGGCUGUGGAGAUAACAAAAACGUACACAAAAGAAAAAAAUCACGAAGAUUUAGUGUUGUAAAGAGGCUUGUUAGAGACGCAAAUGACUCUAAGAUAAUUUUAGGCGAAAGAAAAACACGUAGUGGUAAAAUCUACAAUUGUGUCAAAUAAACCAAUAAUUGGUUAUUUAAACAUUGGUUAUCCUAUAAUUGUAACCUCAAUAAACUUUCAAUGAAAUUGA